UGCACCAUCUCGCCCACAACGACAUGAGCGGUGUGGCCAACCUUGUCAAGGAGGUGGAAGGCUGCCUCCAACGACAGCAGAGCAGCCGAGCGGCUCAAUUGCUCGCCAUAUCGUACGACAGCUCCGCGCCUCGGAUCCAAGAGUCCGACAGCGCCAUCGACUCGAUCUGCCAGAGCACUCUGUCCAAUGGGUACCACGACGUGGUGGCGCCACUGCUCAAGGCCAAGCGACUGGUCCAGCAAAACAAGUACGCAGACGCGUACGACAUGCAAGUCGUCGGCUUUGUUCAGUUUUUGGAGCUUUUCCGCGAUCAAAACAACUGGCUCGUGCCGCUUCUGCAGCGAUUCACGUUUGAUACCCGCAUCUUGGCCCAGCAUGCCGACGCCGAGCUGUCCGCGACACGCGGUAUCGAAGUGACUGACAAAUUGGCCAAUGCAGAGCAAAACUUGAAGAAAGGGUUUGCCAUGACCUUGAACGACCGCGCCGCCCCAGAGUUGAGCAAGAAGCCGGCGACGUUGUACAUUGUGAACCAGCUAUUCAAGAUCUACUUUCGGCUAAACAAGAUUAAUCUCUGCGGCAACGUGAUCCAAGCCAUCAACAAGCAGACGUUUUCGAUUUUCGACAAGCGCGACCAGGUCACGUACAUGUACUACCUCGGGCGCAUCCGCAUGCUCGAGGACAAGUACACCGACGCGGACGAGUGCUUUGGCUUUGCAUGGCGACACUGCCACCUUGAGUGCACGCGGAAUAAGCGCAUGAUUUUGCAGUACUUGGUGCCCGUGAAGCUGGCGCUGGGCGUACUGCCAACCCCGGCGCUCCUGCGUCAGUACCAACUCACGGAAUACGUCGAUAUCGCUGCGGCCAUCCGCCAAGGCAACCUGCUCGCGUAUUACCAGUGUCUGGAGCAAUACCAAGACCAGUUCGUGCAGCAAGGCAUGUACUUGCUCAUGCAAAAGUUGGGGCUGCUGGUCAUGCGCACUCUGCUCAAGAAGGUGUAUCUAAUCGGAAACAAGAGCGACAAGGUCCGGCUCACCGACUUCGCCGCCGCCGUCGCGCUCAUGGGCACAUCGCUCGACAUGGACGCCGUCGAGUGCGUCGUGGCCAACCUGAUCAUCAACAACUACGUCAAGGGGUUCCUCUCCCACAAACUGCACGUGCUCGUGCUGAGCAAGUCGGAUCCAUUUCCAUCUAUCUCGCACUGCUAGUUGUUGAAAGGCCUGCCGUACUGCCUACUAUUACUAGGAUUAUACUAGUAACUACUACUUGUAAAGUACCGAUGAAUCCAGUUGCUACUCAUGUGCGA